GCUCCCGGUAGCAGAUGCCCCCGGGCACAGAUCGCCAGGCCCUGCCUCACUCGGCAACACACCCAAUGCAGCGUGCCUGGGCGAGCCCAGCGCCGGGGGCCACAGCAGCGGGGACCCGCCCCGGGCUCUGAAGGGGAGGCAGUGCCCGGGCGAAGGAAGGGCAAUAACAACAGGCUGAGCUGUAGCAAAGUGUUUAAUUUUCAUGCUCGGGUGCCGGCUGUAGCAGCAUUGUCCACCCACAGCCCCAUGAGCGAUGUGAGCUCCGCGCUGCUCAGGGCGACACGACACGAUGCCGGCUUAUUUUCUCCAGCUUCGCUCAGGCUCUCCAUAGCAGCUUGGUGGCACUAGGACCCUUGAGAGCCUGAGUGGGGCUCUGCUUUCCCGAUUAGGAGUGUACAAAUGUCACCACUCGAGGCAGGUGCUUGAGCCUGACUGGCCUGCUUAAAAAUAGCCACAACCCUGUGCUCUCUGGGAAUGCCACAGAGAUGGCUGCUGCCUGCCACCCACCCACCCGCUUCCACCUCGUCCAUGGCACCAACAUCCGCAUCGACCCCUCCCACACUCAGGCCACCAGGGUGGAGAGCUUUGCCAACGGGCUAUGUUUCAGCCAGGAGCCCCUGGAGCCUGGACAGAUCUUCCUGGUGGAGAUCGAGGAGAAGGAGCUGGGCUGGUGUGGCCACUUGCGGGUGGGGCUAACAGCACAUGACCCAAGAAGCCUGGAUGUGGUGCCAGAGUAUUCGCUCCCAGACCUGGUCAAUAUGGGGGACACCUGGGUUUUUGCCAUCACCAGGCAUCACAACCGUGUUACUCCAGAUGGCUCGGAGGCCCGGGUCCAAGGCUUCCUCUCAGACCCCUACCUGCUCAUAGAACAAGUCAGGAUUCCCCGAGACAAGCUAGUGGGACGGAGCAGGCCCAGCCAGUACAGCCACAUGCUGGAUGACUUGUACAAGACAAAUGUGCUGCCCCCGACAGCCCGGAGGAGCAGGAUUGGGGUGUUGUAUGCCAUCCGGUCUGACGGGAUGGCAGACAUGCACAUCAUCAUCAAUGGAGAGGACAUGGGACCGAGUGCCAGGAGCCUCCCUGCCUCCCGCCCACUCUAUGCAGUGAUCGAUGUCUUUGCGUCAACGAAGAGCGUCCGUGUCAUUCAAGUGGAAUAUGGCUUCCCUUCCUUACAGACCCUCUGUAGACUGGUCAUCCAGAAGCACAUUGUCCACCGAUUGGCCAUCGAUGGGCUGGACCUGCCUCCACUGUUGAAGAACUUCUGUAAAUAUGAAUGAGAUGACAAGAUCUCCUUCAGCAGGCAGGCCCUUCAAACUUGCAGACCCUGUGAGUGACCAAGAAUGGCCUUCCAGAAAGGGAUCCAUGCUUCCAGAACUGCUCUUCCAUCUUCAACCAAGGAGCCCCAGGAGCAGAGGUGACCCCCCCCACCCCCCACUUCACAGCAGCUGACUGGAACCUCAGCAGUUACACCCAUCCUGACACACAUUGUGCCAUGGAAGUCUACUGUGCCAUAAAAUGGCACAGAGACCACUGGAAUGGCAGAGCCUUACAGCAAAGACGGUCGAUAGCAGAAGGGAAGGAAUCGCAGCAGUGGGGGGAUUCCCUGCACACAAAGGGACAUGGAGGGAUUGGUGCCAGAUUGUUGUUAUAAAAAUGAGAGGAUAAUAAAGUGCUUCAAAACAGAA